GUAAAAUCCUAAAAUGCAUCACAUAACAACAAAACUAAAUAAUAUAUUUACAAAUCAAAACAAGGUUCGGAGUCAAGGCAUUAAUAAACGGUGAAUUAACAGUACAUCCGUACCACAAGGCGGCAGUAAAAUAAACUUUAAUCAUCAUGUCUGGGGUACCAGCUGUGCGAAUCAGCAUUGAAUCCUCCUGCGAGAAGCAGGUUCAGGAAGUAGCCCUAGAUGGGACAGAGACAUAUGUCCCCCCCUUGUCCAUGUCCCAAAAUCUAUCAAAGUUGGCACAAAGGAUCGAUUUCAGUCAAGGAUCUGAUUCAGAGGAAGAUGGGAUUGAAUCCGAACCCAGGGACCGUGAGUGGGUAAAGCAAGAGCCUGAAGAGGAGGACGGCACAGUGAAGUUUCAACCAUCUCUUUGGCCCUGGGACUCAGUGCGUAACAACCUGCGCAGUGCACUGACAGAGAUGUGCGUGCUCUAUGAUGUGCUUAGUGUGGUGAAGGAAAAGAAAUACAUGGCCUUAGACCCAGUCUCUCAGGACCCAUCUGCUGGCAAGACUUCCCAGGUAUUUCAGCUGAUCAGUAAAAAGAAAUCCUUGGCCACGGCAGCGCAGGUUCUCCUUAAAGGAGCGGAGAAGCUGACCAAGUCUGUUGCUGAAAACCAAGAGAACAGGAGGCAGAGAGACUUUAAUUCAGAGCUGUUGCGACUUCGCUCACAGUGGAAACUACGCAAAGUUGGAGACAAGAUUCUUGGGGAUCUGAGCUACCGCAGCGCAGGUUCACUUUUUCUUCACCAUGGUACAUUUGAAGUGAUCAAGAACACAGACAUUGAUCUGGAUAAAAAACUUCCAGAAGAUUACUGCCCUCUUGAUGUCCAGAUCCCCAGUGAUUUAGAGGGUUCUGCUUACAUCAAGGUGUCCAUCCAGAAACAAGCUCCUGACAUUGGAGAUUUGGGAACAGUAAACCUGUUCAGGAGAAGUCCAAAACCCAAAACUGGUACACAGCCUUGGCAUGUGAAGCUAGAAGCAGCACAGAAUGUUCUGCUCUGCAAAGAGAUCUUUGCACAACUGUCGAGGGAAGCUGUUCAAAUAAAAUCUCAGAUUCCUCACAUUGUUGUGAAGAAUCAAAUCAUCUCACAACCAUUUCCAGGUCUGCAGCUCUCAAUCUCACUGUGCCAUUCAACUGGAGAAAAAAAGAACCAGCGGGCAUCUCCAGACAAAACCAAGCCAGAUGAUCAUCUAUAUGUCCUCGAACACAACCUGCAUCAAAUGAUGCGAGAGUUCCACAAGCAGCAGCUCAGUUCUAUAGUGAUGCCCCAUCCCGCCAGCGCUCCUUUUGGUCACAAACGCCUACGUCUGGCAGGGCCGCUGGCCUACGACAAAGCAGAGAUUUCCAGCCUGCAGCAGAGUGAAGGGCUGCUGGAGAAGAUCAUAAAACAGGCCAAACACAUCUUCCUACGCAGCAGAACGGCUCGGACUAUUGACAGCCUGGCCAGUCGGAUUGAAGACCCCCAGAUUCAGGCUCACUGGUCUAAUAUCAACGAUGUUUACGAGUCCAGCCUCAAGGUGCUGAUCACAUCUCAGGGCUAUGAGCAGAACUGCAAGUCCAUCCAGCUGCAGAUGAACAUUGGUGUGGAGCAGAUCAGAGUUGUCCACAGAGACGGUCGUGUCAUCAUACUGUCACACCAGGAACAAGAGCUACAGGACUUCUUCCUCUCACAGAUGUCCCAGCAUCAGGUCCAUGCCGUCCAGCAGUUAGCGAAGGUAAUGGGAUGGCACGUUCUCAGCUUCAGUAAUCACGUCGGCCUGGGCCCGGUGGAGAGCAUUGGAAACGCUUCUGCUGUCACUGUCGCCUCCCCCAACGGAGAGUACGCCAUCUCAGUGCGUAAUGGCCCUGAGAGCGGCUGCAAAGUCCUGGUUCAGUUCCCACGCAGCCAGACCAAAGAACUACCGAAGAGUGACGUGAUCCAGGACGCCAAGUGGAGUCACCUGAGAGGUCCCUAUAAGGAGGUGCACUGGAGCAAGAUGGAGGGACGGAACUUUGUCUACAAGAUGGAGCUCCUCAUGGCUGCUCUGACUCCCUGUCCUUGAUUUGCUGUGUAUUUUCACACAAGUGUAAAUGGAACAGAAGAUUAUAAUAAAACCAUUUUUUUUAA